CGCUAGCUAUCUAGCCAGAAGAGAAAAGAUGAUGGCUAAGUUCUUGUUACUUAUCAUGUCGUCGCUACUGAUCGUCUCGUUUUGUAGCGGCGCCAACUCACCACCUCCGCCUCCUGUAACUGAUGCGACCCUAAUUCAAGUGGCCGGUUCUCUGCAAAUGUUUGUCGAUCCACUCCCACAGAUGCCCACCAUCUAUGGAUACAACAAUUCAUCUGGCACGCCUCAGCCCACCAGCAUCACCAUCGGCAUGUAYCAGAAACAAUGGAAAUUCCAUCGUGAUUUACCUCCAACGACUGUAUUCGCUUAUGGGACGUCAGCAGCUGACGCAACUGUACCCGGUCCCACAAUUGAAGCUCUGAAAGGGGUCCCAGUUUCCGUGACGUGGCAAAAUUUCCUCCCUCAAAACCACAUACUUCCCUGGGAUCCUACCAUCCCCACCGCUAUCCCUAUGAGCGGUGGGGUCCCAACGGUUGUCCACCUUCACGGUGGGGUCCAUGAUCCAACAAAUGACGGAAGCGCCUUUGCCUGGUUUACCGCCAAUUUCUCCGAGAUUGGUCCGGCCUGGACCAAACCUACCUACACCUACCCCAACGUCCAGCAUGCCGGGAACAUGUGGUACCACGACCAUGCACUGGGGUUGACACGUGAAAACCUCCUUGCAGGUCUCAUCGGUGCUUACAUCGUCCGUGAACCGGCCGUGGAACUUCCCUUGGACCUCCCAUUCGGAGCGGAGUUCGACCGAAGAUUUAUGAUCUUCGACCGGAGCUUCAACACGGAUGGUUCCCUUUACAUMAACAACACAGGCAUCAUCCCGUCGGUUCACCCACAGUGGCAACCGGAGUACUUCGGCCACGCCAUCAUCGUCAACGGGAAGGCCUGGCCAUUCAUGAACGUCCAGAGACGCAAGUACAGGUUCAGGAUGACCAACGCUGCAAAUGCGCGUUACUUCCACCUCUCGCUGAGCAACGGCGUCUACUUCACCCAAAUAGGAGCCGACGCCUCCUACCUCCCCGCACCCCUUCAGCUUCAGACUAUCCUCUUAGGCCCCGCCGAGACAGCCGAUGUCAUCAUCGACUUCUCAACUGCCACCGCCACCGAGAUUCUAAUGAACAACGACGCUCCCUACCCUUACCCCAACGGAGAUCCAGUGGAUAACCUCAACUCAAAGGUCAUGAAGUUCGUCAUCGCGACCGGAAACCCUUCUGUACCGGACAUCUCCACCAUCCCGACGAGUCUAGUGAGCUACCAGGGCUCCACGACAGAUCCCAUAGCUACGACAAGAUACCUUGCGCUGUACGAGUACACAGACCCUUCAGGGUCACCCACACACCUUUAUAUAAAUGGAAAAAGAGUUGAGGAUCCCGUAACAGAGACACCGAAAUCCGGCACUACAGAGAUAUGGGAGGUGAUCAACCUGACGGGCGAUAACCACCCACUGCACAUACACUUGGCUACGUAUCAAGCAACCAGGGUACAGCCACUCACAAAUGUGGACCAAUUCACCAGCUGCAUGACACAACAGUACGAUGCCCUCGCCUGCAACGUAACGUCCUACCUCUCCGGCCAGGUGCUUGACAUACCGGCAAACGAGAAGACAUGGAAGACGACCGUGAAGUUGGCCCCCGGAACUAUGACAACGGUGGUCGUCAAAUUUAACCUGGUGGAGACCAAUUCUCCAUAUCCAUUCGACCCUACCUUGGCACCAGGAUAUGCAUACCAUUGUCACAUUCUGGACCACGAAGACAAUGCAAUGAUCCGUCCAUUGGUGGUGUUACCAUGAUUAAUUUGAUGGAUGUCAAAGAGAGCAGAAAAGAAAAGAAACUCGCUGAUCAUUGUGCUUAUCGUUGUAGUCCUCUGCGUUGAUUUGUUGCUGAAAUGUGGUGAUCCAUCGAUAAUAAAUAUUUUGUGUGUAGAAUU